AUCGGUCCAGCCGUUUAAGCGUCAAGAGGUAACAAAUGCAUACUUUCGCACAUAUAAUAUCAGUGUGACAUUCUUUUUCUUUGCAUUUAUUGUUAUAAAGAAAACAUUAUAUUAUCUUAUUAUAGUCUAAAAAUGGCUCCUGCAGUAAGCAUCCUAAUAUUUCAUGCUUGUUACAUAAACAUUAAAAUCAGUAACCCAGAAUUCGAUCAAGAAUCAGUGUAUUACACAAAUGCUUGUCCUACGCGGGGAUCGAACUCGCAACACGACGCGCACGGUAGCUUUGACAUGAUCUACACCACUCGGCUAUCCGUACAUUCAAGUCAGAUCACGGACAACCAACGACAGAUAGACUGACAUAUAAAACUACUAUACAGGUUUUUACCCUUUCGGUACGGAUCCCUAAAAAACAAUCAAUUUAAGUAUAAAACUGAGAGUGGAUUCACAGAUGUGUCAAGCCAGCUGUAGCGUCUGCGUUCGGAUCAUACUUUGUUACAAAAUUGUGUAGAAUAUAAUGUUACAAAUAUUAAUAAACUUACAAAUAUGAAAAGUUAUUUCGAGUGUUAAUAAAGUGUUACAAGUUUAAGAUAUAAGACUUUAGAGAAAACGAGAAUCAUGAAGCCACUAUUCUCAAUAGUGGUUGCUGUGCUGGUUGUAGCGGCCACCGCUCACCCCCAGACCAUAGAAUUUUCCCGAACCUUUCAAUCUAAGCCCAAGACUGUAGUCCGCACAGAGGAAAUCGUCGAAGGGUGCUCCUCAGAAAAAGGCUGUGCUAGCAUCAAGAAAGUGAAUGGAGCAGUCGUUGAAAAGUUCGGAAACCUCCAAGUUCUUGACGAAGCUGCUAAAGCCGGCGUAUCAAAGACAGGUUUCCAGGGGACAAACCAACUGAACUCGCCUUUCAAGGCUGGCGGUAUUGGUGGCGGGUCUUUCAGCAAAAUCAGCAAGACUUCCACCAGUUAUACGUCAAGUUCUAGCAGUGGCUCUGGAGGCGUCGGCCUGGCCGCCAACCCUGGCUUAAACUUCGGCAGCGGCCAAUCAAAAAUUGACAUCACAACCAACCAGUUCCUGAACGGAAAGGCUGGAUUCGAGACUCCUUCCCUUAAGGGCGCUCCUCAGGGCAACCUCCAGGGUACCCUCGUAGUGGGAUCCACCACUUACACCGGCAAUCAGGGCCUCGUCAGCCAGUCAGGAUCAGUCACCAACCAGAACAAGUUCGGCGCUACAGGAUUUGGCUCGAACCAGGCCUCAAACUCAGGAUUUGGUUCAAACCUGGCUACCAAGACAUCUUUUGGUUCAACAAAAGUUACCAAGACGUCCUUUGAUUCAACCCAGACAACCAAGACAUCCUCUGGUUCAACCCAAGCUACUAAAACCUCCUUCGGUUCCGAAAACCGAGGUUCCUCAGGGUUGGGUAGCAUUCAAUUCGGAGCAUCUGGAUCGUCUUUCGGUUCCAAAAAGUUUGCCUCAACCACCAGCACAGGUUUUGGGUCAACCGUUACCCCUAAACUUAAUAUCGAUAGCACAGUCUCCAAGACAAAGAGCCGAACCGAAUUCGAAACGGAUGCUUUCUCGACCGGAAGCGAUAACACAGAAGUCUACACUUCCGGUGUUAGAACUGUCUUCAGAUCCGUCCACGUGCCCGUUGGCUGCUCUGCUGCCCUUAAAUGCACACCCAUCGAGUUCUGUACCGCGGGGGGAGUUAUCUCAAACACCUCUGUUGUCCUCACUAAACAUCAACAAACUUACCGAGUGCCUCUUACUGACUGCAAAGACCCCGAAUCAGGUAACAUCGGAAAAUGUUGUCGAGAUCCCUUCUACAUUGACCCGUGGCCAGUCAACGUGAUCGGGAAAUGGGUACCCAAUAUUUUCGGGGAGAAACCAUGGAAUGUCACAGACAGACCCCCUACCACGGAGUAUUUCCCUGAAACGACACCAACGCCCGGCUACUAUAUAGAGCGCAAUAAAAACAUAACGAUCGAAAGGAUAACGACCGAAGAGGAAGAACUUGUAGAAUCGGAAACAAGAUACAGAGUUUACUUGGAAAAGUACACAGGUGAUGGCACAUGUGGUUUGCAAUACCCCCAAAAACCCUACGGUAAUCGCAAAGAAUUGGAGCUGGACUUCGCCGAGAUCCCCUGGCAGGCCAUGAUCCUGCUGAAGACCGACAAGAGCCUUCUCUGCGGCGGUGCGAUCGUUCAGCCUAAUGUCGUCAUGACCACUGGUAGCUGCGUUAAAGGGUAAGGGAUCGUUAUCACUCAUCAUUCAAAUCCCUUUUAGCCGAAUUCCAUCAUAAACUUAGGAAAAAUAUCCUCACACACAGCCCAAACUUACUGCAAAGUUCACUACCAGACCAAAACCAUUAACCGCACCAUAUUACCCCCCGC